AUGCCGGUGACCGAACUCGCCCUCCUGCGCCUGACGACGCAAGACCCCUGGUCUUCUACCAAAAAUACUUUCCUAGAAGCCCAGAAGAAACAGACAGAACAUUCCGGAUAUCAAGUCACAUACCUCCGCCAGAUCGAAGACCAACAAUCCGUUUAUUUACUGGGCGGCUGGGAGUCUGUCGAAAAACAUACAGGCGAAGGCCAGUGGCUUUCACUCGAAGUGAACCAGAACCUGCUCGCGCAGUUGAAGGGCAGUGUCGAUGUUAGCUGGAUGUUCCACUUGGACAUUGAUCCAUCUCCAUCCAACAUCCCACUGGGUGCACCUGUUCUCAGUAUAACUCGAUGCUUUGUUGAGCCAAGCAAGAAAGAUGAGUUUGAUGCUGUUUUCAAGGCUAGUGUGUCUCAUUUGAAUGCCUAUACGGCUCCAUUCUCUUCCUGUGGUGCGUGGCGCGUCGAUAAAGAGGGCGAGGAUGAGGAGUUUGUUCUUUUUAGCGGGUGGAACCAAGUUCAGGAUCAUCUUGCUUUCGGGGAGUCUGAGGCUUCUAAGGAGUUUGGAAAGCUUAAGACGUUGAUGAAGGAUGCGGAUGUUAAGCAUGUACGUGUUGAGAAGUGGGAGUAA